CUGCUAAUGGUUAAAAAGUUUUAACAUCCGACUUAAAUUAACUAUUUGUAGAUCGGAUGAUAAUUUUUCAUAGUUCCGAUUGUUUACGAUAUCUUAUAAAUAUGUUACAUGUAGUUAAAAUGUGGUUGCAAAGAGGUUCUAGAUGCGUAUCUAGAGGUGCCAGACUUUUCCGUUCCCCGGCUAUAUCUGGAACCAAUAUAUCUUUAGGAUCUUUCCAGCAAUUAUCAAGUAGUCCUAUUUGUCAAGUGUCUCCCAGAGAAAACCUUGAGAAAGAAAGUAAGAAAGAGAAUGAAGAAACAAAAGAGAAACCGAACGAAGCAGACGAAGAGGAGGAAUUAAAGAAUAGAAUAUUAUCAGCUGGUUUAUCACAUGUCGGCAAGCAUGGAUGGACGAGACUGGCUCUGGCUGCCGGCGCCGAAUCGGCCGGAUAUAUUAGUGUUGUAUCGGGACUGUUCCCCCGGGAUGAAGAGUUGGUAUUUUACCAUAUUAGUGAGUGCAAUUCCAGGCUGGAUACAUGGAUGGAGGAGCAAAUUCAAGAGUAUAAGAGUAAAAAUGAGAAGAUCCCUAUUGGAAAGUUUAUCAAGUCUGCGGUCUCUAAAAGGUUGGAAAUGAACCAGGAGUUUAUUAAAACUGGAAGAUGGUCGGAAGCACUGGCUUUGAUGGGUAAGCCUCAGAAUUUGAGUGAAUCUGUAAGUUUACUGCAGCAGCUUUGUGAUGAUAUUUGGUUCAGGGCUGGAGAUAAAUCAGCGGAUAUGAACUGGUAUAGUAAAAGGGUGUUGCUAGCUGGAGUUAUAUCUUCUACAGAAUUAUUUAUGCUUCAGGACUCUUCACCACAGUUCAAGGAAACCUGGAAAUUUUUGGAUCGAAGAUUUGAAGAUAUAGCAGGAAUUCCUCAGCUGGGGAGUCUUCCACAGGAUUUGGUGGGAAUAAUCUUAGGCCUGGCUGUAACUGCGAAAAAUAUCGCCGGAAUACAAAAAUAGGAUAAAGUUUAUCCUGUUACUAUACUAUUAUUAUUAUACAGGGUUACCCACAAAGGAUGAGACUGUAGAGACGACCUUAUAUUCUUAUAUGUGACAAUUACAAGGUUGAAUUAAGUCUUUGCUUGGAAUCAUAAAUACAGAAGGAAGUAGACGGUAUAAAUUCCGUACAAUCGGCUCUGAAGUCUCAUCCUUUGUGGGUAACCCUGUACUAAUCAUUGCAGAUCUGGUUCACUUCAUUAAUAAUUAUAUUUCCCUCCCGAAAAAUUUUGUCUUAAACUGUUAAAAUUUAUUAUUAAAUGUCUACGUUAUUUUAAUCUAAAGACUUAAAAAUAUUUAUACCCUUAAUAACAUGUAUUGGGUUAAGAGGGCGAAAGGACUAUUGUAUUACGAGAACAGGAGUGGUUUGCAUCUCUGUCUUUAUUUAGUUUCUUGGUUAUUAACGUUUAUCAAUGGUAAAAGUCCAGAAUUAAUAAAUAAAAUUGAAAAAAAACA